AUGACGCCGGAAAGCAGGGAUAUUGACCCAGCAUGGCCACCUGGGACUGUACGCAUUGAAGGAGCUUCUGAAUGUGACCAGGGAUCGAACAUUAUCCUCCAACCAAAACCAAGUCAUGACCCCAACGAUCCACUGAAUUGGUCCACCUGGCGCAAGCACCUUAACUUUUCCUUGGUUUCCUACUACGUGAUCAUGGUUUUUGCACUAAUUGAUGUGGCGACGGUAACGUGGGGUCCUGUAAACGCUGAGCUCGGGUUCAGUUUCGAGAUCCUGAAUGACAGCUACGCAGCAGGAUGUGGGGCGCUCUGCAUUGGAAGCGUGAUUAUUAUCCCCUUUGCCCUGAAAUAUGGUCGACGACCGGUAUACGUCUUCAGCACUGCCUUCCAGUGUGCUAUCAGCGUGUGGACAGCACGGAUGAUGAACGUCGCGGACUUGAUGGUGGUCAAUAUUCUGAGCUGCGUCGUGGGGGCAUUGGCAGAGGUGCUGGUUCAAAUGACUGUAGCAGAUAUCUAUUUCGUCCACCAGCGGGGUUUGAUGAAUGGUAUCUACGUCUGGAUCAUGACAGUAGGAACUAGCCUAUCUCCACUGGCCGGCGGGUACAUCGUGGACUCACAGGGCUGGCGUUGGGUUUGGUGGUGGAUGGUAAUCUUAUUUGGUGCUGGAUUCGUCGCUUUUCUCUUCCUGUAUGAAGAAACAAAGUUCGUUGCGACAUCGACUGAGGAGGUUGCUCCCUCCAUGUCACCAGAAAAGACCCAAAACAGAAAGGGAAGCUUUGAACAUCAAGAGAACGUGACAAAAGAUGAGGAGAAUCCACAGGAGAUCAACAAAAUUCGAAGCGAGGUCGAAUCAGGCAACUGGAUCGACACUUCCAUUCCAAAGAAAACCUAUCUGCAGAGGCUUACACUGUGGACCAUCUCACCAAGCUCUCUGGCCAAUUUCGCACGUUAUAGCUACGAGCCCUUUGUCAUGCUUUUCACAAUUCCGGCCAUAUUUUUCAUGGCCGUUGUGUAUGGAGCCAUGACAGCUGCGGUGACUGUUACUGUCACGACGCUUUCAUCGUGGAUGACCAUUCCGCCAUAUAAUUUCACUGCCGCGCAGAUUGGCCUGAUGGGUCUCCCCUCGUUUAUAGGCACGUCCCUGGGGAUUCUCCUCGCAGGGCCCUUAAGUGACAGGCUCAUUAUCCUUUUGGCGCGCAGAAAUAAUGGGAUUUAUGAGCCUGAGAUGCGUCUUUGGCUAUCCUUAGCAUUUACUCCCUUCGUACCUGCUGGGCUGAUCAUGUUUGGAAUCGGCUUGGACAAGGGGCUUUCGUGGCCAAUUCCUGCUGUAGGACUCGGACUGGCCUCCUUUGGCUCAACACCGCCCAGCAGCAUCUCUCUGACGUAUCUUACAGAUGCCUACACCGAUAUUGUGGCGGGCUCUCUGGUAGGUGUUACCUUCAUCCGCAACCUAAUCUCGACAGUCUUUGUGUUUGCUCUGGCUCCCUGGAUCGCCAGUUCCGGAUUGACGGGGUUUUAUAUUACAUUCAGUGUGAUUUUAACCGUCAUACUUCUUGGCAAUAUUCUGUUUAUCAUAUACGGGAAGAAACUGCGGGUUCUCGGAGCGAGGAGAUAUCUGUACUUUGCAGGGAACCAGAUCGACCUCCGCGAAUAA